UCUUCGGUGCCUGAAUGAUGAUGGCGGCUGAAGACAACAUUGUUUUUCAAUUUUUUUUUCCCCCCCUUGUCUUCAUUGUUUGUUGGUACCUGGCGGUUUUUCUUAUCACAUUCUUCUUUUUUCAAACAGAUCUUCGUCGAAGCCGAUGGCGGGGAAUCAUACCGACGAUCUCCGGAAGUAUCAAGAAGCUUGUUUGGCGAGGGAACCGCUUGCAUUACGGCUUCAACCACCCGCCCGAACUUUGCUUCGAAAGUCCAUCGUCCCGCAUAGCCUGAAUACUGUUGGCUCGGGUCGCGAGAGUAGGAGUGGGAGCGGGAGUGGGAGCGGUGGACAUGGAUCCUUGAACAGCCCUGAUUCGAGUAAUGCGGGUUCUCCGGGCGGUGAGACAAACGUUUCGAAUGCUCCGACGCCUGCGAGUACCUAUUCGACCUCGAGUCCGCACCCCCCGUUUAGGUCGACGUCUGUUACGGAUGUUUCGACUUCAGUGUCUGACGCCGCUGCUGGUAGGAGUUCCUCGUUGUCGCCGUCAUCGGCGAAUGCUAUCUCUGCGUUGAGCGCGACUGCUCCUCCUGGUCCGUUGGCGAAGAGCAAUCUGACGGGACAGAUUGGGGAUCCUCGGCCGAGUUAUAAGAGGCUUGCGAGUCAUACACUCACGCAGGAUACCAGUAAGCGUGCAACCUUGUUGCGUGGCGGUGAAGGCGGUCAGGGCAAUACCAGCUCGGGCGCGGGCGCAGGCACGGGCGCGAGCGUGCCUGGAUAUGGGGUCCCGUCCAAUACACGGGGUACUGGGGCGAGGAGUGCCGGUACUGCAAUUUGUAACGUAGGGGUUGGAAUGGGUAUGGGUAUGGGUAUGGGUAUGGGCAUUGGCAUGGGACUGCCCGGAAUGUCGAUGGAAGGGCUAGGGGGCGAUGGGCGGGCGGUCUACAAUGGUGAUGAUGAUGAGGAAGAUAGGAGGGAGGUUGGCGGACGAGUGCCUCGGCGGCUGGGGGGUGUGGGAGUCGGGAAUUGGAGAGCGAGGAGUUUGAGUACUCCCAGCAACAUUCAGAGGCCUAGUGUUAAUGGUAUGAUGGGGUACCAUGGAGAGGCAUAUCAGUAAUAAUUGCCGCAUCCAUUCCUCAUUCUUCCAGCCGUUCGUCUGAUCCCAACACGUCUGUCUUCUCACGCACUUUGUUCCUCCCACUUUCCAUUUCUUUGCGCCGCUUGUGGUCCUCUGCUUCCCCCCCCCCCCCUGGUCUUUCGUCUGGCUACCCUCC